AUGAUUCUCGUUGAUGGGGAAAAGUACGCAUGUGUGCAGUGUAUUCGUGGGCAUCGGUCUUCAACCUGUAAGCACACGUUAAGACCCUUGGUACAAGUGCGCAGUCGAGGACGGCCUUCGCUUAAUGCGGGGCACCGUAUUGCUGUGACGGAGAGCGAGCUGGUGGUGACGAAGGACCAGGUGAUUUUGCAGGCGGACCUGGAUGCCGCCAAAGAGGACGGUGUCCAGCCAGCAGAGAAGAAGCCGGUAUCGAGUUGUUGUGCGAAGAAGAAACAAGCAGCGGUGAAGGAGGUACCCAAGAGCUGUUCGUGCAAAAACAAGUCGUCGUCGUGUAGUUGUAACGGUGAUAGUGUCAUUAUACUCAAAGCGUCGAAGAGACAAUAUGUUGAUGUUAACGACGGGAAGCUGGACUUUGUGGGUGAUUGCCACAACGACCAAGCAAUGAAGAAGUUUCGGGUUGGCCUGGGGAGGGCCUCAAGCAUCAGGCACACCCCUGGAGCAGCGUGCCAGAGUAUGAUGAUGCACUCUGCUCUGCAACCGUUGAAGACACUGAAGGUGAAAGCACCCGCACUGAACAACAACUUUGUGUAUAUAGAGCCGAGACCGCUUCCAAAUGACUCAAUAGUUCCACUGCUACCCAACACUGCUUUAUCUUACCCGCAACAACAGCGACCACCACUUCAACCGCAACAACAACAUCUCCCUGUUGCAUUACCCAUCAUUGAUGAACGGUUCUACGACAUGUUCAGGAGUGAAGGCUGUGCGAGUGAGUGCCACUGUGGGCCUGAAUGCUCAUGUCCUGGAUGCCUGAUACAUAGAACCAACGAAGAGCUGGAAGCGUACGGACUCCUGGACCCGUCGAGCACCGCAUCAACUCCAAGCACAAAGCAAGACUUACCAGACACAGCCAACACAGACAUACCUGCAAGUCUUAUCAAUUUCCAAACAAUGACUGAGCUCGAUUUCGAAGGACUCUUGGAAGCUUCGUGCAUAUGCUCAGAUGACUGUUCCUGUUACAACUGUGUAAAGCAUGGAAUAAUCAACGGAGUGAGGCAAAGUGAGCAAGGCCUAGCGUCUACGAAUGCUUCUCCCGUGGAAUCGGCAUCUAUAGAGCCGGCGCCCAUAUUACCGUCACAGGCCUCUAUUGAUGCGUUCUACAACGCUAUAGAGGCACACGACUGUGGCUGUGCACCCGAUGAGUGCGAAUGCUUCAACUGCUUGAAGCAUGGAAGAGUCAAUGGCGUCAAGAUUAGUUAA